UUUCAUUUAAGGAAAAAGGAAAUGCCUUUGGCCGAACUCGGGAUUAAACUUAGCACAUGGUGGUUGCGGAUGGCUGGGUGUGAAAUCGACCUCUCCAUGUGACAGGAGAGAUCUCAAGUUAGACGGGUCGGAACUAGGGGAUCCCGACCUGCAAGGUUGCCUUCGGGGUGGUUUAACUCCUGACAGCGAGAGGUCGGUGCGCCUAGGCGGUACUCGCGAGGCUCCAGGGCUUUUGAAAAUGUAGGAGGUAAGGCGUCGGUCCGAAGUCAGUGGAUGGGGGAAACAGUGGUGUCAUUUUAGACUUAGCGGAAGUGGAGCGCUUGAAAGCUUCAUGCAGUUCUCCCAUCAGUUGUAAAAGUGUCGUUAUACUGCGGAUCUCGCAGCUGGUGUGGCUCUGGGAUCAGAAGGUCAUGAAACGAGUGCGCACCGAGCAGAUUCAGAUGGCAGUGUCCUGCUACCUCAAACGCCGGCAGUACGUGGACUCCGACGGUCCCCUGAAGCAAGGACUGCGGCUGUCACAGACUGCUGAGGAGAUGGCAGCCAACCUCACAGUCCAAUCAGAAUCCGGUUGUGCCAACAUAGUGUCUGCAGCCCCUUGCCAGGCAGAGCCCCAGCAGUAUGAAGUACAGUUUGGACGACUACGGAAUUUUCUCACUGAUUCUGAUUCCCAGCAUAGCCACGAAGUGAUGCCUCUCCUCUAUCCUCUCUUUGUCUACCUCCAUCUCAACCUGGUCCAGAAUAGUCCGAAGAGCACAGUGGAAAGUUUUUACAGCCGCUUCCAUGGAAUGUUUCUGCAGAACGCUAGCCAAAAGGAUGUCAUUGAGCAGCUACAGACCACUCAAACCAUCCAGGACAUCCUGUCUAACUUCAAGCUUCGAGCAUUCCUAGAUAACAAGUACGUGGUCCGUCUCCAGGAAGACAGCUACGACUACCUUAUCCGCUACCUCCAAAGUGACAACAACACCGCCCUGUGCAAAGUCCUCACCUUACAUAUCCAUCUUGACGUGCAGCCCGCCAAGAGAACAGAUUACCAGCUCUACGCCAGCGGCAGCUCCUCUCGGAGUGAGGGCAGCGGCCUCGAGCCCACCGACAUGCCUGCCCCUAUUCUGCAGAACGAGGCUGCCCUGGAGGUCUUGCAGGAGAGCAUUAAGCGCGUCAAAGAUGGCCCUCCCUCCCUCACCACCAUCUGUUUCUAUGCCUUCUAUAACACAGAGCAGCUGUUGAACACUGCAGAAAUCUCCCCAGAUAGCAAGCUGCUUGCUGCGGGGUUUGACAACUCCUGUAUAAAACUGUGGAGUUUACGAUCCAAGAAGUUAAAAUCAGAACCCCAUCCAGUAGACGUGUCCCGCAUCCACUUGGCUUGUGACAUUCUGGAGGAGGAGGAUGAUGAGGAUGACAAUGCGGGCACAGAGAUGAAGAUCCUCCGGGGACACUGUGGACCAGUAUACAGCACAAGGUUCCUUGCAGACAGCUCAGGGUUGCUCUCUUGUUCUGAAGACAUGUCCAUUAGGUACUGGGACCUCGGCAGUUUCACCAACACUGUGUUGUACCAAGGACAUGCCUACCCUGUGUGGGACCUGGACAUUAGCCCGUAUAGCCUGUACUUUGCCAGCGGGUCCCAUGACCGCACCGCAAGGCUGUGGUCAUUUGAUCGGACGUACCCGCUGAGAAUAUAUGCCGGACACCUGGCAGAUGUGGACUGUGUCAAAUUCCACCCUAAUUCAAACUACUUAGCCACGGGCUCGACAGACAAGACUGUCCGGCUGUGGAGCGCUCAACAGGGCAACUCAGUGAGGCUCUUCACGGGCCACCGCGGCCCCGUGCUCUCUCUUGCCUUCUCUCCUAACGGUAAGUACUUGGCAUCAGCCGGCGAGGACCAGCGGCUGAAGCUAUGGGACUUGGCCUCUGGGACCCUUUAUAAAGAACUGAGGGGCCACACGGACAAUAUCACCAGCCUCACCUUCAGCCCGGACAGCAGCCUGAUCGCGUCCGCAUCCAUGGACAACUCUGUGCGCGUCUGGGACAUCAGAAACACGCACUGCAGUGCACCUGCCGACGGCUCCUCGGGCGAACUCGUGGGCGUGUACACCGGGCAGAUGAGCAACGUGCUGAGCGUGCAGUUCAUGGCCUGCAACCUCCUUCUAGUGACUGGAAUCACACAAGAAAAUCAGGAACAUUAAAUUUUUUUUUUUUUAAUCUUUGUCGUAAGGGACUGGGGCAGUCAUGGAAAGCCUCCAGGCUGCCAGUCUUAGGACACAUCGAGAUCGAAUCACUGACUGACUGUGAAAGACUCCCUGCUUCUUCCCCUGACCCCUGCUCCCCCCACCCCCCACCUCCAUCCCGUGCAGACAUCCUGAGCUCUUCACCCCUUCGCUCGCUGCCCUCCCCCAUAAUGUCGAAGGACCGGAGGGGGAAGGUGCUGUGAUUGGACGUGAGACGGAGAAGGAAGAGGCUCCAGAGGUCAGAUUGCGAGUUCCCACAAAGAUCCCGCCCGUGUCCUUGUGUGAGCACCUUCGUGUCUCUGUCUCAUUUUCCCACGUGUAAGAGAUGCUGCUUACCUCGCCGCCGGGUGCUGCGUUUGGGUCCCAGGAUGGUCAUGGGGUACCCUUAGGAGGAGCGGUGCCACCUGCUCACGGCUGCUCCGUCGGCGGGUGCGGGGUGGAUCUUUACCGGUGCAGGAAGGCGGGGCUGGGAACUAGGACCGGGGGCAGGGAUCAUCCUGGCAAAAAGUCUCUCCUUUUCCAUAAUUACAGAGAACCAGGAUUUUUUAUUAUUAUAAUUAUAAUUAUUAUUAUUAUUGAGAAGAGGAAACCUAGCACUGGCAGAGGGGCCUUCUCUGCUCUCAUCUUUCAGGUUUUACUCCUGGCACUGGCUGUGAUACUUGGAAUCUUGAGGUUCAGGGAAUUCAGAGAAUUGGGUAGCACAGUGUUUGGGGAGAAAGGGAAACUUUCUGGGUGAUGGAUGGAUCACUCCGGCUGACGUGUGUAGAAGUGGGGCGGGCGGGAAAAGGGUUGGUUUGAGAAAGUCCUGGGCUCCCGCAGUGAUGGUGGGAGAGGAAGAGGUUCCUCAUGGCUGCACUUGUAUGAACAGUUCUCUCC